AUGCGGCGCACUGACCAGGCGCUAAGCGCGCUCCAGUCUGCAACUCCAAACUUUGCACUUCAAGGCUCUUUCUAUUCAACAACACCACGCGACAUCAAAAAGAGUCUGCAGCACACUCUCAUCUCCUCGGCAACACUGCCCACAGCGAUGUCUGCGACAGACGCCACGGCUCACACAGACCACGACGACCAACUUGAGGCCCGCCGCGAAGCAAAGCCAAGGACGCUCCUUGAGACCCGCCUCAAUUUGAAGCAGCAGAUCGACGCUCUCGUCGCUACCCAUCAGAAUGACCAGCCGCCACCGUUCACCUCUCCCGAGCUCAUCAUCAUGGCCAUUAUCGUCAGCAAGAAUGAGUUCUGCAACAAACACGAAAUCUUAGACUGGGUCGAAGACACUUUUCCCUAUUGGGCGAAGCUGGCGAGGAAUGGUGAGACAACUGGCAACGAAGACCACGCUGCCUUCCGCCCUGGAGACGAUGCGGUACACUACAUGGAGCAAGAAUUUCUGGAUACUUUGAGAGCCCAUGAGCUCCCACUAAAUCAGAACUCGUCUCACUACGCCGUGAGGACCGACGCCGCCCAGAUCUUCCUCAGGCGCUGGCUGGAUCCUCCGCGCAAGGGCACCUUCCAUUUCCUCGAUCUUCCCGCCGAGCUUCGCAAUCGCAUCUACGAGUUGGUGCUCAUCUUCCCUAACUCCAGAAUCGAGCUACGCAGAGGCAUAGGAUCCCAUGGUCCGAUCGAUUUGUUUGCCACGGAGCGGGACACAGCUGGCACCGGAACUGAAGGCCAGCAUCCCAUUCUCAAGCCUAACGAAAUCCUCAACAUCGCACUCGUCAAUCGACAGUUGGCUAAGGAAACGAUCCCGAUAUUCUACGGUGCAAAUCAGUUAUCCUUCAGCCAAGGCUCCGCCAUUGCCAGCUUCGUCAAGAUCACCUCACCUCGGCGGCUGCGUCUCAUCAAGCAAAUCGAAAUCUCAGUCGAUGUCUACCGCACCUACCAACCCGUUCACUGGCGGGAGCCAGACCAAGAGAUGGGAUCCACCAUCGAAGCCCUAAGCAAAGCCAUUCCAUCUCUACCGACUCUGACAUUCAAGAUCAAUGGUACGAGGUGGCAGUACGAUUCCCGGCUUGAGCCUCGGAUGGGUUUCAUAGCCAGCCAGUGGAGCUCAUUCGAUAAAUACUCUUCGCUCCGUGCGAUUACCAAGCUGGCGGUCCAGACGAAGAAGUGCAUAAUCCUCUUCAACUAUGAGCACCAAGCCCGACAUGAAUACAUGAAGGCCAUCCAAGAGCCGGUGGUGGAAGAGCUGAAGCGGCUCAAAGGGGAAGCAGGAAGUGUGAGAGUCACUGAUGCGGAUGGGCGUUGUGUUGUGGUCGAGGAAGGAGACAAGCAAGCAUAG